UUGAUACCAGCGCGGCAGUUAAGGACAGCACCCUCGCGCUCAGGGCAGAUAGGAAUGCUGUCACGUGAGCUCUAUCAGAUGAUCCACUUAUGGGCUGGGAUCAUGUAACUGGGAAGUUUACAAGGGGACCUGCUGAAAGUUCUAACGUAGAAGUUAUGAAUUAACUAUCGCCUCGUUACGUUGCUUGGUACUGAGCUGUUCUGUCCAGCUAUGACCGAAAAGACUCCAUUGCUGCAUUACCGCUUGUUCAGCGUCUCGGAGGAUCACCAGUCACCUCCAGUGGUGGGUGACAACGUUCCAGACGAUGGGGUAACAGGAACCGCUGCCGCCACUGUGCCAACGCACAGCAGGCGUACCCAGCCCAAGAAGUUAUCAACUUUUUUUGGUGUGGUGAUCCCCACGUUGCUGUCUAUGUUCAGUGUUGUGGUCUUUCUGCGUGUAGGAUUCGUGGUUGGCCAGGCGGGCCUGUAUCAAGCCAUCGCUAUGUUUAUUGUGGCUUAUGUAAUUAUCAGCAUGACAGUGCUGUCUGUAUGUGCCAUUUCUACCAAUGGGGCCUUGGAUGCGGGAGGUGCUUACUAUAUGAUCAGUCGUGCACUGGGUCCUGAGUUUGGUGGAAGUAUUGGAAUCAUGUUCUUCUUUGCCAACAUCUGUGGCUGUGCUUUAUAUGUACUGGGACUUGUGGAGUCUAUUGUUGAGAUGUUUGGACUUCAACCAGGUCGUAAUGCAUGGGCUCCAGGACAUGUCUUGCCAUCCAGCUAUUGGUAUGAUUUCCUGUAUGGCACAGUCAUUCUUCUGAUAUGCUUGCUGGUGUGUUUGGUUGGUGCCAACAUCUACGCUAAAGCAACAUUUAUCAUCUUUGUCAUUGUCUCUUCAGUGCUUUUAAUUGUCUUUAUCAGCUUCUUUGUUGUGAAGGAAAUGUCUGUUCCAAUCACAUACUAUGAAGGAAAUGUCACAAUAAUGGUAAAUGGUACUUUCACCGGGUUCAAGUAUACAACACUUAAAGACAAUCUCUCACCACAGUAUGGAAUUGACUACACAACAGGAGUCAUGAUGACUUUUACAUCUGUCUUUGCUGUGAUGUUUAAUGGCUGUACUGGUAUUAUGGCUGGUUCCAACAUGUCUGGUGAUUUGAAGAACCCAAGUUACUCCAUUCCUCGAGGGACCAUCACAGCGGUUAUCUUCACUUACAUUAUCUAUAACCUACUCUGCAUUUUGACUGCCUGCACCUGUGACAGGGUACUUCUUAAAAAAGACUAUGGCUUUCUUGGUGACAUCAAUUUGUGGCAUCCUUUGGUGACCAUUGGUGUUUAUUCCUCCACUUUGUCUGCUGCCAUGAGCGCACUCAUUGGAGCCUCCAGGAUUCUUUAUGCACUGGCAAAGGAUGACCUGUUUGGUGUUCUCCUGAUUCCAGCAAAGAAGACCUCUAAAAGUGGAAACCCCUGGGUAGCUGUUUUGUUUUCUUGGAUAUUGGUUCAGUUUGUUCUAUUUGCUGGAAAGUUGAACACAAUUGCUGGAAUAGUAACCAUCUUUUUCCUGUUGGUGUAUGCAGCUGUUGACCUGGCCUGUCUGGCAUUGGAGUGGGCCUCUGCACCAAACUUCAGGCCUACGUUCCGCUAUUUUACAUGGCAUACAUGUAUCUUGGGAAUCAUUGGAUGUGUUGUCAUGAUGUUCCUCAUUAACCCAAUCUAUGCUUCUGCCAGCAUUGCAUUCAUGCUCAUCCUACUGCUAGUAAUCCAUUACCUAUCACCAAACAGCAGCUGGGGCUAUAUAAGUCAGGCCCUCAUCUUUCACCAGGUGCGGAAAUAUUUGCUUAUGCUGGAUGUCCGUAAGGAACAUGUUAAAUUCUGGCGGCCUCAGGUGCUUCUGAUGGUAACAAAUCCUCGGACCAGUAUACCUCUUAUUAACUUUAUGAAUGACUUGAAGAAGAGUGGACUUUAUGUCCUUGGCCAUGUGGAGCUAGGAGACUUGGAUUGUUUACCUUCAGAUCCAUUACAGAGUCAGUAUGACUCCUGGCUAACUCUUGUAGAUAAGCUGAACAUCAAAGCAUUUGUCAACCUCACUCUCUCAACUUGUGUGAGACAUGGUGUGCAGCACCUUCUGUUUAUCUCUGGUCUAGGUGGGAUGAGACCUAACACUUUGGUUCUAGGUUUUUAUGAUAACUGCAGACCUGACGACCUCCUGAAGCAGGAACCAGCAUUUAAUACAAGCAUUUCAGAUGGUGACAGUCCUGUGAUGCUGCCUAAUUUUCCACCAGUGCGAGCAACAUGUGCUUCAAAGUGCUUGUCAUCGGAGGAAUAUGUGUCCAUCAUUCAAGAUGCCAUGAAAAUGCUGAAAAAUGUAGUGCUAGCACGAUACUUUUCUAAAUUUGACAGAAAAGAAUUGCUUUCUCGCAAAUGUGGUGACAUCUUUGUAGAUGUCUGGCCCCUUAAUCUAAUGCGACCAGAUAGCACCAGCUAUGUGGACACCAGCAGUCUCUUUCUUCUGCAGAUGGCCUGUGUAUUCAACAUGGUACACACCUGGAAAAGAGCAAAGCUGCGCCUCUUCAUUUGUGUGGAGUCAGGAAUGAAAGUUGAGGUGCAAGAAGGAAAGCUUCAGCAGCUGUUGAAGGAGCUUCGUAUAAAGGCUACUAUCCAAACAGUAACGUGGGACUCUGUGGUCUCUCUCCACUGGCACAAGACACUGUCCAGUAAACAGGAUGAAGAUUCAAUUUUCAGCAGCUUCCCUACCAAUUCGAUGAUGAUUUCUGAUCAGUAUUUGCAAGCUGUAAACCAGAUGAUUCUUGGACAGAGUUCCAAACCUGCAGUACGUUUUCUUUACUUACCUCGACCACCAGCAGAUACUACAAUGUAUGAGAGAUACCUUCAGCAGCUGGAUAUAAUGACUAAAGACCUUGGACCUACCUUACUCAUUCAUGGAGUUAGUGCUGUCACCAGCACAGAUCUCUAGGAUCCUCGGCUGUCAGUGCUAGGAACUUCACACAUGUCUGCAAAUCUCAGGCUUCUACUGCAUCACAAAGGAGCACUGCUUUUAUUUCUCCACUGUGUAUGUUCUGGGUUCUAAUUCCACUUUGGCUACAUUCGUUGUACUUCUCUUAUUGCUGUUUGGCUUCUCACGAACUGCAUUCAUUAUUCUGUGCAGGUUUCACCCUACAUUUCCUAUUCUGUGACAUUGAUAUGUGUUUGACACUACUGAUAAUAAGACUGAUAAUAUUCACUUGUAGUGUAGUAGGCAGUGCCACAAAGCACUAAACUCCCAUGCCUAGUAAUGUAAUAUAGGUGCCACCCCCAAAACUUGCACGUAAUGCCAAAGGCCCAUACUUAGCUGCAAGUCUUCCCCAGUAGGCUUUGUAUCUAAAACAUGAAGUGCUGAGUUUACUUAAAUGAAAGCUGUACAAAGUAAAAAAGUGCCUGUACGAAAUAACAAAAUGCCUGAUGACAUCUAGAAGUUAACUUACUACUUAACUGGGUCACUUGAAUGUGACCAGCUAAGCUUUUUUCUUUUUUUUUUUUUCUGGAAGACAUACAGAUGAAGUGAACAGUAAAGCACUGCAGUGCAGAUGUUUGGGUCUUAUUAGGCACACAGUCAUGGGUAUGUUUUAGUAAGGAACAGUUGCAUGGUUUAUUGGAGAAGGUUAAAACACCAGAUUAAGUUCAAAGAAGCACUUUAUAUUUUGCUGAAUAUUUCUCUGGCAUCAGACAGGGUGAUUGAAAGUAUCUUUCUUAGACUUUGUAUGCAGAUAUCUUCCUUGAAUGUGGUGCAAAUGUACAAGUUAGAUGCACCCUCCCUUUAAAUAUGUUUGUAAUAACUGAUAUUAUUGUCUGCUCAUAGGUUAAAUGUAUUCAGAAUGUUUUGAGGGAGGUUAUUUUUAGAACUGCUUGUCUUUUGGUUUAUUUCAUGUAGGCUGGGAAGGUUUCCAAUGCAAGCCUUAGUUUGUUGACUGGAAAUGGCAAAACAAGCAAUGCCUGUAGCAGCACAAUUCAGAAAGUCUAACCUCUAAAACUUAGAAAUCUUUAUAGAUGUUUUUUCUCAGUCUAUGUGUAGGUAUUUUAAAGCUAUUUUCAUUGAAUCUUAUUAGUGCAAAUUCCCUGCUUACAUGUACUGACAUUACUCUUUUAAUGCCAUAAGUGGUAGAAUCUUUGAUGUGCAUUGCUUCUAUUAAACUUCACUUCAUUGACUUCUUCGGUUCUCCCUUUUCCUGCAAAACUAGAAGCUAAUGGACAAAUUUGAAGUUAACAUAACUUGAUACUUUCUGUACUACAUUUUCCCAGACCAAAAUGAGUAAUCUUUUAUUUCCAUGCUGUCCUUGACAGCUCACAGCAGUCCAGCCUUAAGACAGUAACUUCAUUUACUGCCCGUUCUUUUCAAAGAGCAAUAGCCUGAGUGCUUUUCACGCUCUGAUGUUUGCUUCAUUGUUUAGUGGCCAAAGAAGCUCAGAAUGUUUAUUACAUCUUUUGUCUAUACAUUGUGUGUCUGUGGUCCCCUUAACUGCGUCACUUAAGCAGUCAACUUUUUGGUAUGUUUAGCAUGGCUUGGGAUGAUGGAAUAAAUGGGAGCACUGGUGAGGCAGAAGGUAACUGGCGUAAUGUUAGAUCCCUCCUCAUAUGUCCUCUUUUCAGUUUGUUUUGGGAGAUGAGAAUGUUUUUGCUUUUGAGGAGUGGACGAGCAGGUGGAAUAGUUCACUUGUUCCAUUUUGUGCAGCAAGUGGUACAGUGAUAAUUGCCAUAAUUUCUUUACCAUCUCUUUCAUGUUGCAUUCUAUAUUUCUGGCACAUUUUGAAGAAUUGCAUGAGCUAGUAGUUAUUAUGGGUUUUGCAUUUUAGCAGAUAGCAUGAUGUACUGCUGAGAGUUUUGACAAGUUUAGAUUAUAGUGGUCACAUUAUUUUCCAGUUAUUUUUCUGAGGUUUUGAAAUCACAUGUCGGAUAUUUGGUGUCAGUAAAAUAAAUUGACAGUUUCUCAUCUUUCUGCUAUUGUACCAUGAACGUACAUGCUUUUUGUGACUGUGCAGUAUGAAAACAGACACCAAAGGUAGACACUUGCCACUGGAGUGUGUGUAUCCUUUUGAUCAAGAAGGAUGCCACGUCUGGGGGGGAAUGGAUUGAUGAGAAGCAAACUAGGCUUGCAUAAGUGGUCAGUGGUUCUGCAUUGCAUUGUGGUUGUCUCUGCUGCUAUGAGAACAAGGAGAGGUCUCAAUCCAUGGGACUUGUGACUUAACUAUUUGGAAGCUGACUGACAAAUAGUUUGAUAGCUGCCUUCAUUUCACAUAUUUUUUCUGCAGUUUACUGGAAACGUAUUGUGAAACAAAAACAAAUGUCACAGAUGCUACAGAGGGUUGUUACCAAUGGAAACAAAACUCAGUCUGGGUCAGAGAGUCACUGGCAGUUUGUAGAGAAAGUGUUGAGAGAUUCUCAUUGCUUCCCCCAACCCCUGACUGUGUGUCCAUCUCUCUGUGCAGAUACAGAAUCAAAACUACAUAGUCUUGUAUUUAAGUCAACAUGUUAUAUCUUGCAGGGAAGUGAAUAUCUUGUCCAAAAACAAAUGCCUUCCUCAUUCUGCUGCUGUACACCCAGAUCUCUCUAACAUUUUCUUUAGUCGCAUACUAAUGAAACUUAAGAAACUUUUGAUAACUAAUAGAGUUUUUGGGGAGAAAAAAAAAGAAACUUUAAUAACUAGUUGCCAGCUGUCUCAGUAAGUUCAUGAAUGAAAUCAGACUCUUGCAACAGGAAGACCUGCUAGUCACACAUUAAGCUUUUCAUAUUGUUACCCAUUACACUCACCAAGGUCAUGCAUUCCAGUAUUUCCUACUGUAAUUCCGUUGUCAGGAACCUCCAUUUGAUUACAGAGGGCUUGCUUCCAUGAAUGAGAGAUCGACUGUGUGUAUUUGCUCCUCUCAAUAUUAUGGAAGUAUCAUGCAUACAAAGUCAAGUCAAAGAUAAAGGUUAAAAAAAUGGAAUUGCAAUCCAUAUUAAUAGAGAAAUAAUGAGUAUAGGAUGAGUAUCAAAAUAUUCCUUCAUUUUCUUUUGUACUUUUCUAGCAGGACUCAUGUAUGGCUAAUCAUAGCAAUAUGAAAAUGUAUUUUUUUUCUUUUUGGUAAGAUGGGCACUUUUUAAAUGAAAUAGUUUCCUUCAGGGUAAUAAAAUCAAAGAAAAUGCAUUUGGUGCAAUUAAAAUGACUGUUCCUGUCAUAAUACGGUAUCUCACAUUACUGACUGUCAAAGUUCAUAAGAGGCAAAGUGACAUAAAUGUCCAGCAUGCUGGUGAAAAAUGUACUGUGAGCCAGAACCUGCUAUAAUACAAUGACAAGGUGUUAAUAUGUUGGUACUGUAUUGUUAUGUAUCUUGCAUGUGAUUCUUUAGGGUUUUACUUAAUCUCACAGGUAGGUACUGCUUAACUACCUCUGUUACAUGGGAUGCUGUCUUGUACAUAGAUUUGUAAAAUGGCAAAGCAAGUUCUGAAAUAGUUAAUCGGGGAUGCUUUAUCAGAGCAAUAUCAUACAGUCUCAGGAACAAGCUCUUAUGUAACUCUGUUUUCUCAUCUGUCUCUUGUAUCUAGGUACAGCAUUAUGUAUUGGGUGUUGGACAGCUCAAGGUUUGUUGUUUUGUCAGCACAAGUAUGCACAUUGUCACACUGUAUUGCAAAAGUUUACAAGUGACUAAGCUGUCACUACCAAAGUAAUUACUUCUUUUGCACAUAUAUGUAACACAAAUACAAUAUUAUAUGUUUAAUUUUGUUCAUGUAGUUGAAUAACUGUUAUAGUUUGAACUAGCCAAUGAUCUGAACUGGAUUCAUACAUUAAACUUUUUGAUAACUCA